UACAAAGCUAUCUUUGUGAAGAUAGGUGACAUCUUGUAGAAUCUUCGACGAGGACAUUUUAAGACGAUAAUGUAAAAUCCCUCUGACUCGGCAGGUAGGGCCAACCUCUUUUUCCUUUUCGCGUCUCUUUUCCUUUCAUUAAAACAUCGUCGUUUCGCACCGAUAUCAACACCCAAGUAGUAGUACUACAUCAUAGUACAGACUCGAAAUAUCAAAUAAUUUAUCGACACGCAAUCUCCAAGCGCAACGUCGCACAGCAAAAUGGCAGAACAUACAGAACACGCCGAGCAUGCAGAUCAUGACAUGGCAGAGCAAGAUGAACUCCCAUCUGAAUCCGAAGGAAUCACCAUAACCUUCACCCACCAUGGCAAACCGCACUCCCUCAUCGUCUCCCCCGACGCCAGCAUCUCCGACCUCGCCUCCUCAAUCGAAUCCACCCUCUUCAUCCCCAUCACCAACCAAAAACUCAUGGUCUCCAAACUCGGCCUCCUCAAGCCUCCCUUCCCCGAGCACUCCGUCUCCGAGCUCCAAGACAAGAAAAUAACCCUCCUCGGCACAUCCAACGCCGAGCUCGCCUCCCUAGCCUCCGCAGGCCAACAAGCAGCACAGCGACAUGCGCACCUAGCCAGCGCGCGCCGCACCCUCCCAAAAGCGUACACCACACGCCCGAACUCCCAACGCGCAAGAGAAGAAAGCGAAUACACCUUCGGCACAAUCCGGCCCCUCUCGCACCUCCCGAACCCGCAACGCUCGCAACAAUUCCUCGAGCGUCUAUCGCGGGACCCGGGUAUCCGGGCCACCAUGAUCAAGCACAAAUUCCGAGUCGGCACGCUCACCGAAAUGGACCCGCUGUCCUACACGGAAGCGACGCACGAAGGCACAACGCGCAUCUUGGGGCUGAACCGGAAUAAAGGCGAGGUUAUUGAAUUGAGACUCCGCACCGAUGCGUACGACGGGUACCGCGAUUACAAGACGAUCCGCCGGACGCUGUGCCAUGAGCUCACGCACAACGUGCACAGCGACCACGAUCGCCUGUUUUGGGACUUGUGUAAGGUGAUUGAGAAGGAGGUUGAGAGGGCGGAUUAUGCGAGUGGUGGGAGGAGUGUUGGUGGGGCGGAGUAUGCGGGAUCGAGGGGGGAGGAGAUGGAGGAGGUUGCGUAUGAUCAUGGAGGUUGGACGGGUGGUGAGUUUGUGCUUGGGAGUGGGAAUGGUGGUGGUGGUGCGUCUGCGGCUGGGCAGGGCGCGUUGGGUCGACGGGAGGCUAUGGCCAAGGCGGCGGAGGAUCGCAUUAAGAAGCAGAAGCGACCUGACGAUGAGGCGAGUGGUCAGUAGGAUGCUGAUGAUCGAGUCGGUUUUCGAUACCCUUUAGUUGCGACGAGUGCUUCGAAAGUAUCUUGGCCUAGGCAUUCAGGCUAGUUUGGAACACCUCGAACACGACUUUCGACGAUAUCCAAUUGGGAUUACUUCUCUUGUAUUGCAGGAUUUUCUGGGCUAGGUAG